AUGAGUUCAGAUCAAUUCCCUUUCAAUCAUUAUCUACACAGUGGUUAUGCUCAUCCAAUCACUAGAUCAUGGCAAGGUGACUCCACCAUACUCAAGUCGCAACUCAUCUAUCCAAUCUUUGUUACAGAUCAAUCAAACACAAAGAAUGAGAUAAAACCCCUGCCUGGUAACUACCAACUCUCAGCUGAUCAGGUGUUGGUUGACUUCUUGACACCACUGGUACAGAAGGGAUUGAGGACUAUUAUAUUGUUUGGAGUGUUGCUUAAUAAUGAAUCAAAGGAUCUUACUGGCUCAGCUGCAUCAAAUGACACUGCCUCACCAGUGAUCAAGUCACUCAAACUCAUUAGACAAAACUUCCCUCAGUUGUGCAUCGCUUGUGACGUAUGUCUUUGCGCAUACACCUCGCACGGACACUGUGGCAUCACCCACGACGAUGGAUCAAUCAACAACGCCGAGAGCAUCAAGCGUUUGGCCGAGGUGUCACUCUCGUUCGCACAGGCUGGCGCACACAUUAUCGCACCAUCAGACAUGAUGGACUGCCGCAUCGGUGCCAUCAAGAAGGCACUGUUCGACGGAGGAUUCGGCUCAAAGGUGGCCGUCAUGUCCUACGCCUCCAAGUUCGCAUCGUCCUUCUACGGCCCAUUCCGUGAUGCCGCCAGCUCUGGCGCCAAGUACGGUGACCGUGCAUGCUACCAACUGCCACCAGCUUCGCGCUCCCUGGCCCUGCGCGCAGCAUUGCGCGACGCAGAGGAGGGCGCAGACUUUGUGAUGGUCAAGCCGGCCGGACCCUACAUGGACAUCAUUCGCGAGGUCAAGAACAAUGUCAACCUUCCCAUGUGUUGCUAUCAAGUCAGUGGCGAGUACGCCAUGAUCUACCACGCUUCUGCCGCUGGUGCCAUGGAUCUCAAAACAUCAGUUCUAGAGUCAUUGCUCUGUCUCAAGCGUGCAGGCUGUGAUAUCUUCAUCACAUACUUUACUCCACAACUGUUGGAAUGGUUGCCACUGUGA